AUGAAAGAUGAUAGAAAAUUAAAUGAAAAUAUUUAUAUAAAUGAAGAGCAAAAAGACGACUUAAAAAUAUUAAGUAUUUUAAAUACAGAAGAGAAAGAAAAUGAAUUAUGUAAAAUAGAAAAAAAAGGAGAAAAUGAAAACGUUUUAAGUAUUGAUAACAUAAAAAAAUGUAGUAAAAGAAUAAUAAUUGAAAAAUUAGUUUUAGAAAAUUUUAAAAGUUAUUCAGGUAUAAAAAUAAUCGGUCCAUUUUAUAAAAAGUUUAGUUGUAUAGUUGGACCUAAUGGUAGCGGUAAAAGUAAUAUAAUUGACGCUAUGCUUUUUGUAUUUGGUCGUAGAGCAAAAAAGAUAAGACAAAAUAAAUUGAGUGAUCUUAUACAUAAUUCGAAAUAUUCAAUGAAUAAUAAUUAUACAAAAGUAUCAAUUUAUUUUAAAACUAUUAAUGAAGAUGACGACGAUGAAUAUGAAAAAGAAAUAGAUUAUGAAAAUACUUAUGAUAACGAAAAAAAUUACGAUAAUUUCAUUAUUAGUAGGGAAGCUACAAUAGAUAAUCAAUCAAAAUAUAGAAUAAAUGACAAAGUAGUUAAUCAAAAAGAAGUUGUUGAUUUAUUAUAUAAAAAAGGAAUAGAUUUAAAUAAUAAUCGAUUCUUGAUUUUACAAGGAGAAGUAGAGCAAAUUGCUCAAAUGAAUCCAAAAGGUAAUAAACAUGAAGAAGGCCUAUUAGAAUAUUUAGAAGACAUCAUAGGAACAAAUAUAUAUAUUGAAAAAAUUAAUGAAAAUUUUGAAAAAUUAGAAAAAAGUGAAGAAAUUUACCAUGAGAAAGUAAACAGACUAAAACAUGUAUAUAAUGAAUUAAAAGAGUUGUCAUCCCCAAAAAAAGAAGCAAAAUAUUAUAUUUGUUUACAAAAAUAUACAUACAAACUUUAUGUUAUUAUUUAUAAAAAAGACCAAUAUGAAUCACGUAAAGUUAUACAUAAUAAAGAAAAGGAACUUCAAAGUUAUAUUGAAAAAAGAGAUAAUCAUAAUAAUGAAUACAAGAACUUAUUAGAAGAAAGAAAAAACAUGAAUAUUGCAUUGAGCAAUUUAGAAAAUGAAGAAGAAGAUAUCAUAAGAAAAAAAAAUAAAGCGGAUAAUGAAUUUAAAAAGUUAACAACUGAAGAUGAAAAUAUAAAAAAAGAAUUAUUAGUUAUAGUAGAAAAAAUGCAAAAUUUAUACGUUAAGAGAGAAGAAUUAAAAGAAAAAAAAAUUCCCCAAUAUAAAAAAAUUAUUGAAGAGAAACAAAAAAUAUUGAGUGAAAUAAAAAAAAACAAAUUACCAAAAUUAGAAAAAGAAUUAGAAAUAUGUGAGGAAGAAUUAGAAAAAUAUAAUGAAGAAAUAAAACACGAAACAGAUAAAAUUAAUACAAUAUAUUCUAAUGAAGAAAAGAAAUUAGCCCCUUUACAAAAUAGUUAUGAUAUAUUAAUAAAAAGUAUUUCAGAAUGCACUAAUAAAUGUAAUAUUAUUGAAAAAAAGCAAAAGGAAUAUUUAUCACAUAUUGAAAAUUUAAAAUAUCUACAAAGUAAAAUAUUAAAUGAACUAAAAGAAAAGGAUAUCCAAUCAAAACAUAUGAUAAAGUUAGAUGAAGAAAAAAAAAAAGUAUUAAAAGAAAAACAAAAUGAUUUAAAUCAAUUAGAAAAAAAUAUAGAAAAAUUAAAUGAUAAGUUAAUACAAGAAAACGUAAAAUAUGAAAGUAUAAAAAAAGAAGUAAUAACAGAUAAAACUAAAAGCAAAUUGCACGAAUUUAUAUAUAAUUUAAAAAAAACGAAAAUUAAAGGAAUACAUGGAAUGCUAGGUGAUUUAGGAUAUAUUGAUAAAAAAUACGAAAAAGCUUUUAUUAUUGCAGGUAAUAAUUGCUCCGAUUUCAUUGUCGUAGAGAAUCCAAAUGAUGCUGUUAUGUUAUUUGAAGAAGUUAGAAAAGAAAAUUUAGGUAGAGUAAAUGUAUUAUCCUUAUCAAUAUUAGAAAAAAAUUUAUUGAACGUCAUGAUAAAAAAUGAAGAAAAUUAUAAGCCUAUACUGCCAAAUGUGCAUAGGUUAAUUGAUUUUAUUAAAUUUAAAAAUGAGAAAUACAAAAUUUGUUUUUAUUUUGCUUUAAAAGAAACAUUAUUAGCUAAUAAUCUAGAUGAAGCUCAUGUAAUUGGCUAUUCUCAUAAAAGAAGAGUUGUAACAUUAGGCGGAGAAUUAAUAGAAAAUGACGGUAGGAUAUGUGGAGGAGGUAUAGAUAAAUAUUUAAAAGGGAAUACUAGCGGCAUUAAGACUAGUGAAUAUGAUGAAAAUGAUUUAUUAACUUCAGAAAAAAUUAUUAAAGAAUUAAAUAAAAAUUUAGAAGAAAAAAGAAAACAAAAAAAUAUUUUAGUAAGUGAUAUUAAAGAUUUAAAUAUUUUCAUUGAAGACAAUGAAUGUAAAUUAGAAAUAGCAAAAAAAAGAAUAGAUAACUAUAAAAAACAGUUAAAAGAUAUUGAUGAUCAAUUACAAAACUCGGAAACCCCUGAAUUGACUAAAGAGGAAGAAAAGGAAUUAAAAUCACUAAAAGAAUUAAUAGAAGAAAAAAAUAAUGAAAAAAGUAAAAUAGAAAUUGUUCUUAAAGCUCAAGAAAAUAAAGUAAAAAAGUAUCAUGAAGAAUUACAAAAUGUUGGAGGAGAAAAAAAAAAACAUUUAAGAAGUAAAUAUAUAAAUUCAGAAAGACAAUUAAAUAUAUUAAAAGAUGAAAUAGAAAAACAUAAUAAUGAAGAAGUAAAUGCUUUAGCAAAUUUAGAAAAAAGUGAUAAAGAUAUUGUAAAAUUCACCGAGGAAAUUGAAGAAUAUGAAGCAAAUGAAAAAGAAUUAGAAAAUGAAUUAAAAAAUAUUGAAACAAAAGGAUGUGAGGUAUAUGAAGAAAUUGAAAAGUUGACUCAAAAUUUAAAUGAAUUACAAAUAAAAAUUGAAGAAAAUCAAAAAAAAAAGCAGCAAAUAGAUGAAAGCAUAUCUAAAAAGGAUUUAGAAAACGUUGACAUUUUAUAUAAAAUUGAGCAUAUUGAAAAGGAAAUUGAGCAACUUAAAACAAAAAAUAAACAUUAUGAAUUAAAAAUAAACGAAUACAUGGAAUUAAUUAAAGAAUCAGAUAAAAUUAUCCAAGAAAACUUAAUAUGUGAUAUAAGAAGAAAUGAGUUACUAAAAAAAAAAAAAAAAAAAAAGGAAGAAAAAGGUGAGAACAAAGGGGAAACUAAAGAAAAUGAAGAGGAAAAAGACAGAGAUAGUGAAAAAGAUGACGAAGAAGAAGAAGAUGAAGAAGAUGAAGAGGAUGAAGAAGAAGAAGAUGAAGAAGAUGAAGAGGAUGAAGAAGAAGAUGAAGAGGAUGAAGAAGAAGAAGAUGAAGAGGAUGAAGAAGAUGAAGAAAAUAAAGAGGAUGAUAAUAUUAACAGUAAUAAGAAUGAAAACAAUGGGGAAGAUUAUAAAGUUCUAUGCGAUAUCAAUAGUGAACACAGCAAAAAAAGGAAAUUAAGUGAUAAUAAUAGUUCAAAGAUCUCGAAAGAAAAAAAAAAAAAAAAAAAAAAAUUGGAAGAUGAUGAUGAGUUAAGAGCAUUAGAAGAUAUUUUUUGUGAUAACAAAGAAUUUAAUGAAAUAGAAAAUGAAUACGAUAAUAUUAAUUUAGGAGAUGAAGAAUUAGAAUUAUUAAAUAAAAAAGAUAUAGAAUCAAAACUUGAAAAUAAAUUACAUAUACUAGAAAAGAAAGCUCCCAACUUAAAAAUUUUUCAGGACUAUAAUUUAAAGUUAUAUGACUAUAAAAAAAGAAGAAAAGAUGUAAACAAGGCAAAAAAAGAAAAAGAUAAGAUUAAAAAAGUCUACGAUACUUUAUGCAAUAAAAGAAGAGAAGAAUUUUUAAAAGCAUUUAAUAUUAUAUCAGUCAAAUUAAAAGAGAUGUAUCAAAUGAUAGCAAUAGGUGGUGAUGCUGAAUUAGAAAUAAUCGAUUCCUCAGAAAUUUUCAAUGAAGGUAUUUUAUUUUCAGUCAGACCUCCGAAAAAAAGUUGGAAACAUAUACAGAAUUUAUCAGGGGGAGAAAAAACAUUAAGUUCAUUAGCUCUAGUUUUUGCUCUUCAUUAUUUUAAACCAAAUCCCAUUUAUUUUAUGGAUGAAAUUGAUGCAGCUCUUGAUUUUAAAAAUGUUUCUAUCAUUUCUCAUUACAUAAAAACAAAAACUAGUGAUGCUCAAUUUAUUGUAAUUUCAUUAAGAAAUCAAAUGUUUGAAUUAUGUGAUAGAAUGAUAGGAAUUUACAAAACAAAUGACAUAACCAAAUGUAUAACCCUCAACCCAAAUAAAUUUCAAGAAGAAAAGAAAUAUUAG